GAUUUUGCCAUAUAACCCGAUAUAUUUAUUUAUUUUUGACCUUUUGGGUCAAUUUUUAAUUGUUUUCGUAAAUAAAAAGAUCUUCAUCGUUUUUGAUGAACUCAGUAUGAUUUUGCUUAUCAUUGUUAACCGGUUUGAUAAUUUUUGUUUAUAAAAAAUCUAACCCCAAAACGUCAGUUACAUGACAAGUAAACAAAACUCCACAGGUAUGGUGGGGAAAUCAGCAACAAUCGCCCACGAAAAAAAUUUUAGUUUCAGUCAUUCCCGGCAUUCGUCAUCCGCGGGUUCGAUUAAAAUUAUUAAGUCGCUCGCAAAAUCUAAUGUGGUCGCGUGCAAGAAUAAAUUAAAAAAAAACCUUUUUAAAGAAGACUAAAGGCAAGAAAAUGGGGAAUCAAAACAAUUUGUGGAAUGACUAUCAGAGACGAUUUUUGAAAAUCGUUUUUGGAUUCCUGGAGUGCAUAGUUCAGUUUCUAUUUGGACUAGUUUAUGGGGGUAAGAAAGAGGCUAUGCCCCCAAUUACGGAUCUGAUGCUUCUUGAGUCUGCUAGUUCUAUAGCUUUGAAAAUAAGAACAAAAAAGAUAACAUGUGAACAAGUCCUUGACUCUUUCAUUACUCGCAUUGCUGAGGUGAAUCCAGUUUUGAACUGUGUUGUAGCUGAUCGAUUUGAUGACGCUAGAAAGGAAGCUCAGGCAGCUGACCAGCUAAUCAAAUCUGGAACCAUGUCUGAACAACAGUUGGAGAAAGAAAAACCUUUUCUUGGAGUGCCUUUUACCACUAAAGACUGCAUUGCUGUUAAAGGCUUAAUCCACUCUUCGGGUCUGUUUUGCCGCAAACAUAUACGCGCAGAAGAAGACGCCGCAGCUAUAAAACGCCUGCGUCAAGCCGGUGCCAUCCCGAUCGGCUUAACGAACGUGUCCGAGCUGUGCAUGUGGUGGGAGUCGGCCAAUAAUAUACACGGACGUACAAAUAAUCCCUAUGACGUAAGCCGGAUUGUGGGCGGUUCGUCGGGCGGAGAGGGAUGCGCGCAGGCAUGCGCCGCCUCCGCUUUUGGCGUAGGUUCCGAUAUAGGGGGCAGUAUUCGGAUGCCUGCGUUUUUUAAUGGUAUUUUCGGUCAUAUGCCAACGCCCUUAAGUGUACCUUUAUCAGGACAAUACCCAUCUCCAGUAUCAGAAGAACAAGAAAGGUUUUUAAGAAUCGGCCCGAUGUGCCGUAGAGCCGAGGAUCUUUUACCUUUGCUCAAAGUAAUGACCAAUAACUUGCCCGCACUAAGACUAGACGACCCAGUGGAUAUUAAAAAUAUUAAAUUCCAUUAUCAAGAGAGUGACGGGGGUUCGAAAAUGAUUUCUGCGGUCCAACCAGACAUACGAGAAUUAUUUGGGAGAGUGUGUCUGCAUUUAGAAAAAGCUCACAAUAUUAAAGCAAAUAAGGUGAGCCUCAAAAGAUUCAUAAAAAGCGCCCCGAUGUGGUUCGCCAACAUGAAAUCCCCGAACGGUCCUACCUUCGCCGAGCAACUAACCAACCUUGAGGGCAAAAUAAACCCUUGGUGGGAGCUGGUAAAAUGGACAUUUCGCCAAUCGAAUCACUCGUUUGUCGCUUUGGCGACUUGUCUGAUAGAGAAAGGAGGUUGUAGGUAUGGAGAUGAAAAGUACCAAUAUUUAGUAGAAGAAAGGGAUGCCUUCAGGUUAGAAGUUUUAGACUUAUUGGGCGAUGACGGAGUACUUUUAUACCCCACACACCCCACUUCGGCUCCUUAUCAUCAUGAACCUUUAGUGAAGCCUUUUAAUUUUGCUUAUACAGGUGUUAUUAAUGUGCUAAAACUCCCAGCGACCCACAUCCCAAUGGGUUUGGACCGUAAUGGACUGCCAAUAGGAUUACAAGUGAUUUCCAAGGAAAAUAACGACAGACUCUGUAUUGCGGUGGCUAGAGAGCUGGAAAAGGCUUUUGGAGGUUGGGUUCCGCCGGAAAUUGACGCCUAAUCAUCGCGAAAAGCGUUAUAAAUAACAGGCGGGGCUAUACAUUAUUUUGUAACCCUAAAAAAGGUUAGAACUAACCCUGCAUAAAGGGGUCAGUGCUCAAGUUUUAUUUACCGGGACCAGUCUUUAAUAAAAUUUAAGUAAUUGCCCAAUUUUCCAUAGAAAAAAUUGGUGUCUCACUACUCAAAUUUACUGUUCAUACAGCCCUGACCCUUUGACAAUAGUAUUCUUCUAAAUACCAAUUUAAUUUAUAUAAUACUUUAUGUACAAAAUGAGAUUAUAGUUUUUUCAUAAUUUUAUAUACAUUAUAGGAGUUUUACUGGAAUGUAUGUGCAGCGGUGGGGGUAACUCUUGAUUUUUAAGAGCUCCAAUUAUACCAAUAUAUGUAUAUCGAAAAAAAAAUUAUUUAAUGGCCAAUGAUUGGAAAUGGUUGAGCUUAAGGUGUGAAAUGAUAGAAUUUUCACUACUGUCUAUUCCCGGCGAAAGUUGACAAUAUAAAAAGUGCCACAUAUAAAAAGUUGUACACUAUUUUAAAAUCACCAUCUCUAUAUAUCUCUAUCAAAAUUAUGUUUUUUGUUCCAUUUUCGCAAAAAUUAUUUAAUUUUUAUGCAAGUUAGCAAAAAUAGACCUUAUAGAUAGUUUUAGACCCUAGCCUACUGUUUUAUUUUUUAUAUGAACUUUUCAAUAAUUGUUGAUAAUUUAUUUAAAUUUUUAACAAAAUAUAUACAAAAUAAUGGAUUGAACCAUUCAAUUCUACUUUAUAGGUAUAUUUCCGAACGUACAUACAAGAUUUCGUAAAAUUACUAAUAUGUAAUAAUCUUGAACAUAUUUGAUAGGCAUCAAUUGACUUAGGCAGUUUCUUGUGUUCGUUUUUGCCACAUCACGAAUUUAAUUGUAGCAAACUUGAUCUUUAUCAACAGAUCAGUUUUCUUAAAAGUUGUUUUCUGUAAAGUCACUUCAGUAACACUUUGAUCUAUAGUUUGUAUUCAUAUGAGGCAAAACGUACCGUAUUUGUGGUCAAUGGACGAAUAUUUUUGAAGUAUCUGGGAUUUUUGUAGUUACCGAUGAGUAUCAAAGGCAUUUUAUGGCUUUUAGUAAAGUUUUCGCUAAAUUAAUACUGCUAUUCGCUCUGAGAGCUAUUCUCUAAGAUUUUGCUGGCUGUUUGGUCGACAUUAUACACAAAGUCCAAUUCAUAAAUAUUUUGUUGCAAUUCUUCUUUGAAAUUGGCUUGAAAGACGUUUGCUGCAUCUACAUCAGCUGACAUUUUUUACCUUGAAUUUCCAUUUCGCGAAUUCCAUGAUGAGAUAUAAAUCUAUACAACUCUUACUACCAACGAUUAUAAUGCUUUUUCACAAAUUAAAGGUCCAGAUAUCGGUUGCCAAACAGAUCGUUUUUGUCAAAAAUAACAAUUUGGAUCUUUUUUUUUUUUGGGUUUUUUCAUCACUUUUUGAUAUUUACUUCCUUCGUGACAAUCAAGUUUGCAGGUGUACUUCAAGAUUGAAUCGACAUUCUUGUUAAUAUCGCUUAUUGCAGAAGUACCUACACCAUACUUAUCGGGUAAUUUACGAUCGAUAUCUACUUUUCUACUUUAAUUCGACAAUGUUUAUUUUGUCAUUAAGCGAUAACGCUAUACAACCAUCUGUUAUUGCUAAUGACUGUAAUGCUGUUUCAGAAAUCAAAGGGUUAGAUAUCAGCCGCCCAGCUAAUCGUUUUUAACAAAAAAACUCACAAUAUAAAGUUUUUUGCUUACCCUUUAUUAGGUGGGACCAGUCAGUUUCCGAAUCCUCCAAUUAUAAUAGGUAUAACUAUAAAAAAAAAUUGUAAUAGGCAUGAGUUGUAAAAAUAGUAUUGUAGAUUUGAUUGUCUCCACUUGGGCCCUGUUAUGCAAAAAGCAACCAAGCCACACGAAAUUAAUUAGGAGUUAUUAGCUUUUAUAUGUUUUUUUCAAUUGGUUGGUUUGUUUUUGCUGAUCGACUAAUUACAAAAAAAUAGUAGAACACGUGGACUUUGUUAUUGAUGCAUUUUACAAAUUUUCAUCUCUUUCCAUUUCAAAAUCAAGAGUUUCUAUGUCAAAACCAUCUACAUCCUCAAUGAUUCUUGUGUUACCCUUAAGAUUAGUAUAGAACAGCAAAGCAUCCGAUGGAAUAAGGUGAAUCAUAUUAAAAAUAAGCACUAGUUUAAGCACCAGACCACGUCGUUUUACCAGUUGUUUCACAAGCAUCCAGACCACGUUGUGUCGUAUCGUAUUCCGCACAAGUAUACCAAUCCGCUUGGUUGCUAAACAAUAUAGGUAAUUUGAAAAUACUUUAUAAUAAAACUAACCCACUUGGUUGGAAAUUCUUGAGAAAGAAAUUCAACAACACCAAUCACACAACAAUCCAAGUGGAAUGGUUGCUUUAUGCGAAAUGUGAGAAUUUCGAUUAGUGAACAGAGUAUAAGUGGGGACGCACUUUUCAAGGUCAAAAAUAUGUAGAAUGGCUUGGUAGCUUUUUGCAGAAUGUAGUUUGGACAUUUUGAAAUCAGUUUGCAACAUUAUCUAGUUUUUUUUUCAAAUUGUGGGUUGGUUGCUUUUUGCAUAACAGGACCCAAUUAGUCUUCCAGGAUUUUUUAAUUUAGUUCAAAUUCAAAGGUCAAGAUAAGCUAACUAGAUCAAGCCCCAAAAACAAAAUAAAGUGUUCCAAUAUCUUUAUGAUUUGUCAAGUAUAAUCAUUUAUAAAAUAGAUAGUUUAGAUAAUUUAGAAAUUCUGGUAUUAUGAUUAUGGACAAAUGAAAUUCAAAAAAUGUAAAGGGAUUUUUGAUAAAUUUUAGCACAAGUUCUGUUACUUUUGAAUUUUUCUAGCCUAAACAUCUCUAUAAUCAAAGAGAGAAAUUACAGGAGAUUCGCAAAGAAAUACAUUGUUUUUUGUAUGAAAAGUGUGAAAUAUUGUUUAAUCUAACGUAUGCCAAUUUUAGUUUAUUAUUUAUAUUUGAAAUUUUUUACGUCAGUAAUUAAUAUUAACACAUUUUCAAUUUUAAUAUUUAGAUUAUCUUUUGUAAGCUCUUUAAUCGGGGUAUUUGACUAACAGAUCAUUAAUUAAAAUUUAAAAAGUUUAAUUUUGAAAUUGUGUUCUGGUGCAUAUAGAGAAAUAUUAUUUUUCUUUAAUUCUGCGUGUUGUAUAUUAUUAGAGUUUAAUGCUAAGUACAGUAAGUACAGUUGACAGUUAUAUGCAUUCUGAAGAAUUUGAGAGCGAUUAAGUGAUUUGUUCAUGUCAGCAACAUAUAAAUUGAAAAAAGUUAUGGUGAAUUAAAGUAGUUAACCUUGAGAAGGUGAAUAAAAGGCCAUUUUCUAUUUGGUUAAAUUUUGAUUCUAAAAUAUUGUUUUCAUUUUUAAUAACAGUACCGAUCAGAAGUGUAAUGGGCAUGGUUUUGAUCACAACAAAACUGUCCUACAGCGAAAUAUACUAUAUUAAUAUAUAAAAGUAAAUGUUUGCGGCUAUGGUCGCUUCUACCUUGAAAACCACCAUGCAGAGUCAUGUGAAAAUUUGCAGAGCUAUUAGUUUUUACCCUCUUAUAUGCAUGAUCUUGUUCGCAAACUCACAUUUGCAACAUUUACUCGUGUUCGCACUCUCGAUGCCAAGUGCAAAGUACGCAAGUGAAAUAGAUAGUUUCGCAAUGUCACUUCACCUUAUUCAAAAAUCCGUGUAUUUAGGAGUGGAAAUUGUCGAUUUUUUCACCAUCUUUCGUCAUUUGCUUAAAGAUGUUAACUUCCCACCACCUCCUGCCGCCAGUUUUGAAUAAUGUGAUCUGGAAAAUAAUCAGCUGUGAUUUAGUGACAAAUGCUUUGCUAUAGUCUAACACAGCAAGACAAGUUAGAUUUUUUCCCGUUAAGGCUAAUGUCUUCAAAAAUUUUGACAAGGUUUAUAGUAUUAAAAUUUUAGUCUGUGUGUAGUGCUAAAAUUUAUUCUAAAAUCAGACUAACAAUCGGGAAUUAAUUCGAACUUAUCAGUAUCAAUCAAUACAAGCAUAAUCUUAAACCUUGUAAUGUUAUCUCCCCCCCACUGCAUUUGUCUUGAUUUUGUUCAUGACAACUUUUAUCUAUAAGAGAAAAUGAAUAUUUGGAUGUAUAGUAGUUUUAACCUCACUAAAGACCCAUAAAAACCAUAAAGGAUUCUGUUGCCGCGCCUUCAGAGGCGUGCGGUUAUUUAUAAAAAUCUCUCGGUGAAUAAUAAAAUAAAAUAAAAAAUUUUAAGUUAAAGUUACAGUUUUACUGACUAUUAUUUCGUUGAUCUAGUUAUUUUUGAGAUGAAUGAAGGUACAUUUUUAUAACGCAGUAAAGUCGACUAGGAUUAUUCACUCAAACACUUAUUUAUAUGAUUGCAAAGUACUCACCAAUGCUUAACUAACCUUCUAAAAGACUAUCCUCAGAAGUAGAAUCAUCAAGGCCAGGUUGAAUUAUUAUUUGGUAUAGGUGGGUGUCCAAAACGGUAUACUCAGUUUUAAAUGUGCCCCAUACUAGUUUAAUGGGGUUAAAAAUAUAAUAAUAUGGAGGCAACCUUAAAACGGUGUGUCCAUUAUUCUUAGCAAUGUUAUCAAUAACAUACUCAUUUUUAAAGUUAUAACCUUUAAUGGUAUUAAGCAACUCCUUUUUUAAGGGGAUUUUGUUAGGGACUGGAAUGUUCUUAAUUUUCAUAAAAGUUAUGAUAUCUUGUUUUUUAGAGCUGUUGUUUGGUAUUUUAUUUAAUAUCCUGGAAUGGUAAGAUGCAGUGUCCAUAACGAUUACAAAUUUCAAAUAAUGCCGCAGAAAAAAACUAUUUAAUUAUAUCAAAAAAGAAAUAAGCAACAAUGUAACUCCACAAACUUUAACAAAUCGCAAAUUAAAAAACAAAGAAAUAUAAUAUUCAUACAACACUCUCAUUAAACAUCAGAGCUAGACAAAAAGAGCCGCCUGGCUCGAUUCGUCCUGCCACCUGCCACUGUCCUAAAACUUUAAAAUAGUCGGCUUGUCAAAGGCGACUUUUUUUAAGGCGACAGGGGCCCUUGGCGCGGCAUCCGCUUUUGAUAACCGAUUUCUAUGAAUCGCUGCACGAAGCGGUAAGCUUUAACAUCGACACCUGCAUUAGUACGCUGCCGCUGUUCCAUAAUCCACCCCGGUCUAUAAGUCUUCCCGCCGGAACGCUUUUAAUAGUUUUUGUGGUCAUUCAAGUGACUUUAAAACCAGUAUACCAGGCUUUAAAUUUUCAUGCAUGUUUGAUUUCUAGUAUGCCAUUUUAUCUGGGUAUGCCGAUAUAACCGUGUUUGAAUUUAGAAAAGUUAUCCAAUCUUUCCGGAUCUUGCAAGGACGGGGGCAGGGUUUAGGCUUUUUUAUAAUGUUUAACUGUUUUGCGGAUGUCCACACUUCUUUUCCAGUCUUUUGUGUCAGUUGAUUAAAGUUACUAAUUUCUUGUUGUAAAAUCUAAACGUUAUGUAGUAAAUUAAUUUAACAUCAGAUUUAGUUUUAUAUAAUUACGCUUUUUUCAUAUUCAAUAGGUUAAAAGAUAGAUAUAUUUUUCUUAUUUUAUAAGAAAUUAUAUGUGAAAAUAUAAAAAUGAGGCCCAUAUACACAAGUGUUUCCAUAAAGGAGUGAAAUUCUUGAAAAUCCUUUUGUACCUCAAAAUAUGUUUUGCAUUUGUCCCUAUAUUCAAAAUGACUUUUAUUUAAUUUGAAGAUUUUUCCAAGAUUUACAACUCUUCUAUUGAGCACUUUUCACAUUGACGUCAACUUAUAGCAGAAAUAGUAGCAAAACUAUUUUUCACAUUAGUCGUUUGAUAUAUAUAUUAAAAAGUACAAUAGAAUGAAAAUUACCUUCUUACUUACCUAAUUUUCAGUUCGGAUUACAAUAAUUUAAGAAAUAUGAUUACUUCUUGUUCUCAUCGAGGCAGUUUAGUCACAAUUUCUUCAAAUAGCGCAAGAAUGUUAUUUUUGACGUGUAAAUGGUAUAAUCAGUAGGGCAACAGGGAUGCCGAUAAAAAUAUAUGCAUUUUGUGCAUUUAAUGUUAAAUAAAUGUCUAUAUAUAAUAUUUUUCUACAGUUUUAAUUAUGUUUAAACUCUUUUUGCAGUUAACGGUUGCGGUGCAAUUUAAGCGAAAUGAGAUUUUUUUGUGUAACUUUUUUGUAAUAAUUAUUGUAUUUUAUAAUUGAAUUCAUAAAUAUAGUAUUGUAUUGUUUCCUA